AUGGGCGCCGUUGAUAUCCCAACCCUUCAGUAUACCCCAACUGGGGAUAUAUCGGGCAAAGUCGAUCGUCUUCGUGCUACCUUUUUCCAACAGAAAACGAAGUCCAUUGAGUCCAGGAUUCUUCGGCUUCGCAAGCUGUAUUGGGCAAUCAAGGAUCGUGAAGAUCGCAUUAAGGAGGCCCUUCGCCGUGACUUAGGAAAGUCUGACUUUGAAUCUUACCUGGCCGAAAUCACAAUGAUGGAAAAUGAUAUUAUUUUCGUCACCAAGAACUUACCGAAAUGGGCAAAGGACGAGAAGGCUGCUGAUAUCGACUUGACAUAUUCCUUGAUGAAACCAACAAUUAGGAAGGAUCCGUUAGGAUGUGUCUUGAUCAUCGGAGCUUUCAAUUUCCCAUUUUUGCUCACAUUUGGCCCUCUUAUAGGUGCUAUUUCCGGCGGCAAUACCGUAAUGGUUAAACCCAGCGAAUCAGCACCAAAUUCAGCUGUGGUCAUACAAGAAAUUAUCGAAGCGGCGUUUGAUCCCUCUGUUGUGUCUGUAUCCCAGGGAGCUGUGGAGGAGACCAAGACCCUGCUUGCCCAGAAAUGGGACAAAAUAUGCUUCACAGGCAGCAAUAAAGUGGGUCGAAUUGUGGCCCAGGCCGCAGCUCCGACUUUAACGCCUGUCCUUUUGGAACUUGGAGGUCGUAACCCGGCCUUUAUUACAAAACAUGCGGACCUCCGCCUAGCUGCACGACGCUUGUUGUGGGGAAAGACUUUCAAUGCUGGCCAAAUCUGUACGUCUCAGAAUUACAUCCUCGCCGAUAAGGAAGUUGUGCCCAGGCUCGUGGACGAGUUCUCCAAAGCCCUUAAAGAGUAUUAUCCCAAAGGGCCCAGGGCCUCUCAAGACUACUGCCGGAUUAUCAACAAAGGCGCCUUUCAUCGCAUCAAGGCUAUGCUUGAUAACAGCAAUGGCAAAAUCCUUCUUGGUGGUAGUAUGGACGAGGACGAAAAAUUCAUUGAGCCGACGGUUGUCCUAGUUGAUUCCGUGGACGAUUCUUUGAUCACCGAAGAAAGCUUCGGCCCGAUAAUCACCAUUUUACCAGUGACAAACUUGGAUGAAGCUAUUCGGAUUGCGAAUGAGGUUGAUAGUACUCCACUGGCUCUUUACCCCUUUGGGACAAAGGAAGAAGUUGCAAAAGUUCUAUCCUCUGUCCGGUCGGGAGGUGCAUCUAUCAAUGAUUCGUACAUGCAUGUCAGUAUUCCUACACUGCCGUUUGGUGGCGUUGGUGAGAGUGGUUCAGGUUGUUAUCAUGGACGAAGCAGCUUCGACUCAUUUGUUCACCGGCGCUCGAUCACAACCACUCCUAGCUGGGUAGAGCGUGUCCUCGCAAUCCGCUACCCGCCAUAUGCGGGGAAACUCAGCAAAUUUCUAGGAGCUGGUGUGUUGAAGCCCAAUUUUGACCGCCAAGGUCGUGAAAAACUCGGAAUUUUCGGCUGGCUGGUCUGGUUUAUCACGCUUGGUGGUGGGCCAAACAAAUCUGGCGCUGCUAGAACUGCUGCGGUUACUCUCGGUUAG